AUGAAGGUUUUCUUUCUUUUUGAAACCUUCAAUUUUUUUAAUAUUGUUUCGAAUUAGUGAAGUAUUUCAGUCCCGAAUAACGAAAUUCUGGCCGAAUUGGGUUCGAGGAAUCAAUGAAGCUACAGCAAAAUAUCCGAAGACUUUCCAAAGAAGGAAACGAUUGAAUGUUGGUAUUUUUGCACGAUUCAUAAGUUCGUUUUUUUUUCCAAAAUAAUAAAGCGGACGUUCUAGGGAAUUUACCAUGACUGAUUUUUUUUUUCGAAAAGAGUUGGGUACCAAAAAAUAUGAUUUUCCAGGUCCGUAAUUUAUGGAAAGGCUUUGAAACACUUUUUGUUGUUUUUGAAAAUUUUUCAAUUGCAGAUUAUUGUUCUCAUCGGCUUUCUUGCUAACGAAUCGUCCAUCAAAUUUGCUCAGAAGUCGGGACAGGGUACUUUUAUUUUUUUAUAUCUUCAUAUUUCACCGUUCUGCUUUGAAAACUGAAAUGUGUCUUUUUGCUCUCGAUUACGGUUUUUCAUUCACGUUUUGAAGGCCCUCUACUGAAGACAUGAAAAACCCAAUUUAUUGUGGAAAAAAAAAAAAUUAAAAUAAAACGAAUUUGAAGGCGGACCGCUCGGCGAACUGUUGCAAUGGUCGGAUUUGAUAGCUGCCUUGUCAAUUUUGGGCCAUAAUCUUCACAUUGCUUCCGACAGAAACACACUGAAGAGGUAAUGGUGUAUUUAAUGUUUGAAUAGUACUUCUAAAAGAUGAAAUAUUCUUAAAACGUAUAAUGAACCUUUUUCGGACCUAGUUGUUAUAAAUUCUGAAAGUUUAUUGUCCACGACAGAAUUCUGUGACGUCUAGUAAGAGAACCAGGAAAGCUAUAUUUUCUCGAAUUCAAUGAUGAUUUCAAUUUUGGGAAAUGAUCAGUGAAGCUCGAAAAAUUUUUUUAGAAGAUUUUGAAAAUUUUUUUCAAAAGAGGAAAAAGUUUCAUUUUCUCGUUAUCUUACAAACGGAUCGUUUUUGUAUAAGCUCUUCAAAUUUCCAUUCUUCCUUACAAGAAAUUUUUAACCUUCGUCAUAAUUAUAUUAUUUUCUCUCAUGAAGCUUUCACUUUAAUAGACUCUUAAGAAUUUGUAUGAGAAAAAAAUUUUGAUGAUAAUUUUCCUCGUCAUUUUACUUUUCCAUACUUUCUAUCGAAAAUUUGAUGUUAUAUCUUUUUUCAGCAUAGUGAAUGACUACUCCGACAAUCAGCCUUGCCCAUUUGCCGAUGGCCAAAGUUCCCAAAUCGAUUUGAUUUUCACGGACAUUAUGGGUUUGCGCUUAUUCCGUCGUCACAAGUCCUUCAUUACCGCCAAUAAGUUGGUUUUUCGUUGAAUUUUCCAUAUAAUCCACAAUAUGAUCUUCGAAAUUAUUGAAUUUAAGGUGCCGAGUCCGACUUUUGGACAGUUUUGGAACCCACGCCGAGUUUUCCAACAAAAACUACUUUUUAACCCACAGAGACGAACUUUCUGGUGAUUUUAUUUUUGAACCGUUUUCAGUAUAUUCAGACAUUUUUACUCUUCAUUGACGGAAAUUUAGGAGUGUUUCGCUCUUAGAUAAGAUGAAAAGAAGCCCAGAGAAGGUGGAUUUUGUUGGAAAAUUACCAUGUGAAAAUUACCAUGAACGAAAUCAACCUUUCAUUUCAUGUAUUAAAUUUUAAAGAAGGCUUUUCGAGCACGAAAAAAGUCAGUGUUUUCAGGAUUAUACUCCCGCAAGAAUCCGUGGGGUGGUCACGGACUCCGCCUCCAGCAGCACUGGACCUUCUAUCCUCAUUCCCACGACAAUACCUUCUUGGGCUUUGUCGUCGAUGACGCCGCUUCCCGCGGAGAAUCCGCCGAAAAUCAAAAAACUUUGUUCUCACGGGAUUCAAAGGAUGCAGCUUUGGUGUAUGGCAAGGUUCUUUUUAGUUUAAUCGAAAAAAAUCCUAUUUAAUAACUUUGGUUUUUGAUAACAAUUUCGGAAGGGUUUCAUAAAAACUUAUGUUUUUUCCCUUCAAGCGGAAAAUUUCCAUUACAAUAAAUUAUAGUUUUUUAUAUAUGUUAUACUGUUCUCCAAAGUUUUUCGACCAUCUAGAAAAAAACUCUUAGAUAUUUUAUUAUAAUAUUCGAAUACAUCAAUCAAUCUCUCUAAAAAUGUAAAGUUUUUUUAAUUUUUUUCGGAAGAAAAAAACAUCUUUCUUCAGGAACAGUACAUGUGGAAAGGCGUCGAACGUCCGAUCGAGAUAUUGAAGGAAAUGACUGAGGUUGGAAUGUUCAAACUCAUCAGUACAAAUCCUGUUUCAAGGUUCACGCUACUGUGGCCGACGCUCUGAACGUCACUUCUCUGGAUUUGUUCAAAAACGUGGUCAAUCACGGUUUCCUGCACGCCGAUCAAAUAUCCGCACUUUUGAAGUCGGUCAAGAUCUUUUUUGGAAUGGGAUUUCCGCUGGAAGGUGUGGAAUCAUCCAAAAGUUCUCGUCGAUCUCAAGAAUUAGGUCCUGCUCCCCUGGAAGCGAUCGCCAACGGCGCCGUUUUCAUCAAUGCCGCUUUUCGAGAACCAAAAACUCGUCGCAACAAUAAAUUUCUGUCCGAGAAGCCGACUUUAAGAGAGGUUUAUAUAUAUAUAUAUCUUUUUGUGCCUUUUAUUUCUGAAGAAGGUUAUUUUUUUCGAAUCUGCUUGAUGAAGGUACACUGCAAGAGACGAUUUUAGCUCCUAUAAAAUGCAAAGAAAGUUCUUGUUACAGUGGACUAGUCAAUGUCCUUACAUGGAAGAAUUCGGGCCUCCUCACGUCUACACUAUCGAUAUCAAUAAUGAGGAAGUCUUGCGGGAAACCAUUCGAAAAGCGUUAACCAACAAGGUUUUUCUUUAAAAAGUUGUAUUUUCAUAGCAAAAUGGUCCUCUCAUCGCAGGAAAUAUUUCUCAAUUUAACUUGUCCCUUUUUAUUUUUUCAUGAGUUUCUUUAUUUUAUCUUCUCUAGGCAUCUUCUUGAGAAUUUGUAUUGAAACUGUUGAAAUUUCAAAACCUCACUGUUUCAGCUCUCAACUUUUCUGAAAAUCGGAUAUAAUCUCGUUUUUAAAAUAUUUAUAUAACAAUUUUCCAUUGAAAUGCUUUGAUAAAUUAGAUGUAAAGUUGGAAAAUUUAAUUAAGUUCAAUCACAAUGGCUUGAAGCUAGGUCCAAUAAGGGUUUUGACAUCAUUGGCGAAAAUAAAUUCGAGUUUUUUUUUUCCUUGAUUAAUAGAAAUUGGAGUGUAAAUCGCAUAAAAUAUAAUAUUUUUGAGGAUUCUAAACAUCGGUUCUAACACGUGAACCAUGUAGAAUUUCCGACGGAAUUUCAAUGAUCCUUUUUUCCGUAACAACAGAUUUCAAGAUUUUUUUUUAUCACAGUUUGCUUUUCCUCAUGAUCAAACUUAAGCCAAGUCCAAUAGUCCCUGAAGAGUUUUCAACCCGUGGAAUGCUCUUAAGAGUGUCUCGCCUCGUCCAAAAGCAGGAUUUUUGCGGACAGAUGGACGAAAUCGCGUGGCCGCCCGUAGAUGCAUUGAAGGUUUUUCUAAGUACUUCGUAUCAUUUUUUGAGAAAAGUUCCAGAUUGUUCUGUCGAGCCCCGAAAAGUUGGAAUCGUGUGAAUCGGCGUGUUGGAGACAUCGAUUCGUGUGCGAACCAACGUUUUUCCCACUCGUCAAUAGACACGAGCAAAUUCUUGAGUUGGUUUUUUUUGUCAACCACCGGAAGUUUUGUAUACUUGAAACGAAAAAUUUUGAAUAUUCCUAUAGGGCCCCCAAAAGCUUGCAAAGUUGGCCCCUAUAGGGUUUUCAGUUGGGGGCCCCUAGAGAGGUCGGUUUUUGUUAUAUACUUUAUGAGAAGCAGCUUUCCAUGCAAAAAGCUUAGUGAAUAAUGAAUAGUUCAACAGAGGAUAAAUUGAUCAAUUUGUCAUUUUAAUUAUCGGAGCUAACCGAAAAAAUUAGAGAACCCUAUAGGGACCACUUGAGCUUUGGGGGUUACGACCAGACCCUAAAUUCCUACAGGAACCACUAAGCUCUACCUACAUGAGCGCUUUUUUGUUCCUUACAUACAUGGGCUAACCCACAUUUUUUCGUGACGUCAGAGCGGGCCCCCCUUGAAAAAGAGCGUACCCCCCUUGGAAAAGAGCGUACCCCUCCAGAAAAAUCUAUUGAUGUGAAAUAUUUUUCAAAGUUGGGUUAUGGAUUAAUUAGCAAAUGUUUAUUGAUUUACGAUUUAUAUGUAGUACAUUCAGCUACGUCUCGCGCCGUCAAAGUGAUUAUCGGUUGAUGAUUUGCGGGCCCUCCGGCCUAUCCCGUUUCGCAAAAAUCGAUCCGAUUUUGAAGUUGAAAAUACUUAUAAAUCAGAAUCUACGAUCUGGCCAAGUUUCAGGCCGUUUGGAUGAGUUUUGAGAAAAAUGAUUUCUCCGACCUCUCAAAAGUGAUUUUUUGAAGUUUCCAAUUUUUUUCGGCUCAAAAAUCAUUAAUAAUUUCGAGAUAACACCUAAUAACAACAAAAAUACUCAAUUUGCAACCUUUUGGAAGCUUUUUUUCAGUCCAAUUACAAGAUUUUUGCGCUUGUGAGAAUAAAUAUCAAUUGGUGGCUUGCGGGCCCCCCGGCCUAUCCUGAUUUGCGAAAAAUCGAUCCGAUUUCGAUGUUAAAAAUAAUCAUAAAUCAGAAUCUACGAUCUGGCCGAAUUUCAGGCCGUUUGGAUGAGUUUUGAGAAAAAUGAUUUCUCCGACCUCUCAAAAGUGAUUUUUUGAAGUUUCCAAUUUUUCGGCUCAAAAUCAUCAAUAAUUUCGAGAUAACACCUAAUAACGACGAAUUACUCAAUUUGCAACCUUUUGGAAGCUUUUUCAGUCCAAUUACAAGAUUUUGCGCUUGUGAGAAUAAAUAUCAAUUGGUGGCUUGCGGGCCCCCCCGGCCUAUCCCGAUUUGCGAAAAUCGAUCCGAUUUCGAUGUUAAAAAUAAUCAUAAAUCAGAAUCUACGAUCUGGCCAAGUUUCAAGCCGUUUGGAUGAGUUUUGAGAAAAAUGAUUUCUCCGACCUCUCAAAAGUGAUUUUUUGAAGUUUCCAAUUUUUCGGCUCAAAAUCAUCAAUAAUUUCGAGAUAACACCUAAUAACGACGAAUUACUCAAUUUGCAACCUUUUGGAAGCUUUUUCAGUCCAAUUACAAGAUUUUGCGCUUGUGAGAAUAAAUAUCAAUUGGUGGCUUGCGGGCCCCCCCGGCCUAUCCCGAUUUGCGAAAAUCGAUCCGAUUUCGAUGUUAAAAAUAAUCAUAAAUCAGAAUCUACGAUCUGGCCGAAUUUCAGGCCGUUUGGAUGAGUUUUGAGAAAAAUGAUUUCUCCGACCUCUCAAAAGUGAUUUUUUGUAUUCUGUUUUUUUUAGAGCUCAGAGUCACCGCUAACUUCAAGUUAACCCUCAACAAAACUUCUUUUUCGCCAUUUUUUGCGUAUUCGUCAACCAGGAUAAGUUUUGUGCGCCCAUCGCUUGUCAUUAUAGCGCUGCGUUGGUUAUAUAAUCUUUUUUUUUCUUGUUAAAGGAAAAAUAUUAAAUCUUCUAUUUUUCUUAAUUUCUUCAUCGAAUGAAUUAUUAUUUUCGAUAUUGCAGUUUGUAAUUUUUUUAAAUUCGUGAUUUUCAAUUUCUUUGUAUUUCAUAUAAUUAAAUUUCCAUUUUUUUUUAUUGAGUUUAUUUUUUCUUGUCCAUCUGUGGAUAGAAUUGAUUUUCAAGACGUAUUGGAACUGUUAGUAAAUUUUAAGCUUAUAUAUCUAUGUCGUCAAGAGAAUGUCGAAAAACGCGUCGACUUCAGUAUGAACAUAAAAUUGGUCAAUUCUCAUCGUAGUAAACGAAUUGAAAAAUAAGAGCACGUCGGGACGCAAAAAACUUAGCUUGUUGUAAAUUUUUUCAUUCCAGCUUCAAAUUAAAGUUUUUUUCAUCAAAACCUUGCAUAAGACCUUUACGGAGAAAUCAAUUUUGUAUUUCGAUAUUGCUUAUUUGGGAUCGCGGUCUCACAAGCGCAAAAUCUUGUAAUUGGACUGAAAAAGCUUCCAAAAGGUUGCAAAUUGAGUAAUUCGUCGUUAUUAGAUGUUAUCUCGAAAUUAUUGAUGAUUUUGAGCCGAAAAAUUGGAAACUUCAAAAAAUCACUUUUGAGAGGUCGGAGAAAUCAUUUUUCUCAAAACUCAUCCAAACGGCUUGAAACUUGGCCAGAUCGUAGAUUCUGAUUUAUGAUUAUUUUUAACAUCGAAAUCGGAUCGAUUUUCGCAAAUCGGGAUAGGCCGGGGGGGCCCGCAAGCCACCAAUUGAUAUUUAUUCUCACAAGCGCAAAAUCUUGUAAUUGGACUGAAAAAGCUUCCAAAAGGUUGCAAAUUGAGUAAUUCGUCGUUAUUAGGUGUUAUCUCGAAAUUAUUGAUGAUUUUGAGCCGAAAAAUUGGAAACUUCAAAAAAUCACUUUUGAGAGGUCGGAGAAAUCAUUUUUCUCAAAACUCAUCCAAACGGCCUGAAAUUCGGCCAGAUCGUAGAUUCUGAUUUAUGAUUAUUUUUAACAUCGAAAUCGGAUCGAUUUUCGCAAAUCGGGAUAGGCCGGGGGGGCCCGCAAGCCACCAAUUGAUAUUUAUUCUCAUAAGCGCAAAAUCUUGUAAUUGGACUGAAAAAGCUUCCAAAAGGUUGCAAAUUGAGUAAUUCGUCGUUAUUAGGUGUUAUCUCGAAAUUAUUGAUGAUUUUGAGCCGAAAAAAAUUGGAAACUUCAAAAAAAUCACUUUUGAGAGGUCGGAGAAAUCAUUUUUUUCUCAAAAACUCAUCCAAACGGCCUGAAAUUCGGCCAGAUCGUAGAUUCUGAUUUAUGAUUAUUUUUUUAACAUCGAAAUCGGAUCGAUUUUUCGCAAAUCGGGAUAGGCCGGGGGGCCCGCAAGCCACCAAUUGAUAUUUAUUCUCACAAGCGCAAAAAUCUUGUAAUUGGACUGAAAAAAAGCUUCCAAAAAGGUUGCAAAUUGAGUAAUUCGUCGUUAUUAGAUGUUAUCUCGAAAUUAUUGAUGAUUUUGAGCCGAAAAAUUGGAAACUUCAAAAAAUCACUUUUGAGAGGUCGGAGAAAUCAUUUUUCUCAAAACUCAUCCAAACGGCUUGAAACUUGGCCAGAUCGUAGAUUCUGAUUUAUGAUUAUUUUUAACAUCGAAAUCGGAUCGAUUUUCGCAAAUCGGGAUAGGCCGGGGGCCCGCAAGCCACCAAUUGAUAUUUAUUCUCACAAGCGCAAAAAUCUUGUAAUUGGACUGAAAAAAAGCUUCCAAAAGGUUGCAAAUUGAGUAAUUCGUCGUUAUUAGGUGUUAUCUCGAAAUUAUUGAUGAUUUUGAGCCGAAAAAAAUUGGAAACUUCAAAAAAAUCACUUUUUGAGAGGUCGGAGAAAUCAUUUUUUUCUCAAAAACUCAUCCAAACGGCCUGAAAUUCGGCCAGAUCGUAGAUUCUGAUUUAUGAUUAUUUUUUUAACAUCGAAAUCGGAUCGAUUUUUCGCAAAUCGGGAUAGGCCGGGGGGCCCGCAAGCCACCAAUUGAUAUUUAUUCUCACAAGCGCAAAAAUCUUGUAAUUGGACUGAAAAAAAGCUUCCAAAAAGGUUGCAAAUUGAGUAAUUCGUCGUUAUUAGGUGUUAUCUCGAAAUUAUUAAUGAUUUUGAGCCGAAAAAAAUUGGAAACUUCAAAAAAAUCACUUUUUGAGAGGUCGGAGAAAUCAUUUUUCUCAAAAACUCAUCCAAACGGCUUGAAACUUGGCCAGAUCGUAGAUUCUGAUUUAUGAUUAUUUUUUUAACAUCGAAAUCGGAUCGAUUUUUCGCAAAUCGGGAUAGGCCGGGGGGCCCGCAAGCCACCAAUUGAUAUUUAUUCUCACAAGCGCAAAAAUCUUGUAAUUGGACUGAAAAAAAGCUUCCAAAAGGUUGCAAAUUGAGUAGUUCGUCGUUAUUAGGUGUUAUCUCAAGAUGAGUAAUGAUUUUGAGCCGUAAAAGCGAAAAUAAAAAGUUGAUUUUUUUCUAAUGGCCGGAAAAUGACUAAUUUUCAAACCCUUCCGAUUGGCCUGAAAUUUUGUGAGAACAUGUAAUAUGUGUAAUAUUCACUUUUUAAAAAAAGAAAUUGAAUCGAUACCUAUCAUUCUGAAGUUUUUUUAGGACAUGAUUUAUACGAUUCGCCUCAGUAUUUUUCGACCGUUUGGCGCUAGUAUAAUAUUUUGUCAAUAAUUUCACCACUCAAUAAACUUCAAAAGGCCUAAUGAAUAAAAUAAACCGAUUUCCUGUAACUUAUCGACUCUUCUUAAAGGAUCGGGGGGCCCGCAUGUGCUAAAUGGGCUGCUAGCCCACGUAUGGUUCCUUAUUCGGGCUGCUUUUACCUUAACCCCUAUAAGGGCGCUCUGUUGAUCCUAAGUGAGUCAGAGAGCUUUGGAAAGAAGUUUCUAGGAGGAGCAUGAGGAAAAUUUUUUUUCCAGAAAAAUUCAGCUUCUAUUAAUUGAAAAAUGUAAUCUGAUAAGUCUUUCAAAUAAUUUCCACCUUUCAGCUUGUAGGUAACCAUGCCUUUUCCAGACAUAAUUCGUCUUGCCGGGAACUCGUGCGUCGGGUCGCCUCGCCCCUGGCGCCGUUCAACUGCGAACUCCAGGCUUCUCCACAGCUUUUCAGCUGCGCGAGUCGUCCUUCCAGCGCCGAGACUGCGGUCACUCGGCUCUGCCCCUGUCGGGACUUCCUUUCGCAGCAACAAGCGCUCUGUUCCGAUUGCCUUUGA